AUUCCAUCAUCAUAUUCAUAUUCUCACUCUCAUUCUUCACAAUUACAAUAUAAAACUGUAUCUAUAGAUUUCCUUCAAUUCCAAAUUCACAAGAAAACAAAAAAAGGAUUACUGGCUAAUGUUGGUAUUUGUUCUUAGUUUUGGAAUCUGUAAGUACAAAUUUUGUUUGUUAUUGGUAAAAGUUUGGGAUUUUAUGAGAUUGAAGUGAAUCCGAAAGGGAAACACAUUAGAGUCGAAUGGAUCAUUCGACUUCAAGAGAACAAGAUAUCAAUUUUGAUCUCGAGAGUGGUACUGGCGCAAUUCAUAGAAAUGAUGAGGGAUGCCCGGAUCUUAGUUUGGAUGAUAAACUUGCUAAAACAAUUUUUUUAAAGUUAUGUGACGGAUUUACGUGUGUAGAUGAUGGUUCAGUUAAAUUGCACAUGAAUUCAAUAAACGUCGAUGAGGGUUCUCCAGAGAAUACUGCAAAAGUGUUAAUGGACACAAAUUCUAAGAUUAAAAAGGCUACUAGUGCGAAAAAACCACCUAGACCUCCUGGAGGCUUUUCAUUGUAUGCUUCUGAUAAGAAACUAAUUAAAGAGCUUGCUGAACUUGCCAUGAUCAAACGGGCGAGAAUUGAGCGUAUGAAGGCACUCAAGCAAAAGAAGGCUUUGAAGAUUUCCUCAUCACCAUCAUCAUCGUCAUCAUCAUCACAUGGCAGUUUUUUUGCCAUGCUUUUUACCAUCAUCUUCUUCCUGGUGAUAUGUCUCCAAGGCCGAAGAUCGGAUGUAACUAUACAGGGUUCUCAUAAGAUUAUUCAAACAAACGGAGGUGGCUUAUUAGCUAUGCAGAAUCAGUUAAGUUUAACCACUAGUGACUUUGUUUCGGCCAAUUCUAAAUCUUCAACUCUGUUUUGAGGUUGCUACAUGUAUAUUAAGAGGAACUUCUUAAGAAUUAUCAAGUUCUGAUCUUCGUGUAAAGGGUUCAAUCGAUAUUUUAUAUACAGAUUGUAUUUCAUUGAGAAAAA